UGAAACCGAGCGCCUACAAGCCCCAGUCCCAGAAGGGAACUGCUGUCUGAGCAGGAAACCUCAUCUUCACUGGCCAGCCGGGAGAGGAACUGGGGUCGCGCCGGGCGCCCGACGGACCCUCCCCGGGGACGAGCCUGCCCCACUCCGCCCCGCCCCGCCGGCCGCUCCGUAUCAGGUUCUCCAGCCACAGCCUUACCUGAAUCACCAGGGCUUCCAGAGGAUGCUCCUGCCACCAGCGGAGACCUCGGGGCAGCAGUGAAGGGGGCAUCCAUCUCCGCCCCCCAUUCAGCUCCUCUCCUCCUAGUCCAGGGGCUCCCCCAGAGGGACGAGCAUGGUGGUUUUCCGUUGGAGCCCCCUGGCUUGGGACGUCUGAGAAGAUGCCUGCUAUGAGACUAUUCACUUGCUUCCUACAGCUUCUGGCCGGGCUGGCGCUUCCUGCUGUGCCCCCUCAGCAAUUGGCCUUGUCUGCUGGGAACAGUUCAUCAGAGAUGGAAGUGGUGCCCUUCCAGGAAGUGUGGGGCCGCAGCUACUGCCGGGCGCUGGAGCGGCUGGUGGACAUCGUGUCGGAGUACCCCAGUGAGGUGGAGCAUAUGUUUAGCCCAUCCUGCGUCUCCCUGCUGCGCUGUACCGGCUGCUGUGGCGAUGAGAACCUGCACUGUGUGCCGGCGGAGAUGGCCAAUGUCACCAUGCAGCUCCUGAAGAUCCGCUCUGGGUACCGGCCCUCCUACGUGGAGCUGACAUUCUCUCAGCAUGUGCGCUGUGAGUGCAGGCCUAUGCGGGAGAAGAUGAAGCCAGAAAGGAGGAGACCCAAGGGCAGGGGGAAGAGGAAGAGAGAGAAGCAGAGACCCACAGACUGCCACCUGUGCGGAGAUACUGUUCCCCGAAGGUAACCAGCCCCUCGGAGGAGACCCCACACCUGGCUCGUGUAUUUAUUACCGUCACACUCUCAGUUACCUCCCUGCUGGCACCUGCCCUCUAUUUAUUAGCCAAUUGUAUCCCUGCUGAAUGACUCCUCCCUCCAAGACGAGGGGCAGGGAGGGACAGGACCCUCAGGAAUUCAGUGCCUUAAGCAGAACGUGAGAGAAAGAAGGCAGCCACAGAUCUGUGUGUGUUUCAGCUUGGGAAGAAGCAAGACAUGUGGCUCUGUGAGGGGCAAGCCAGGCCCCAGAGGCCCUGGGAGUCUCGAAAGGGCUGGAGAGGGAAGAAAAGAUUGGGACCCACCGCCUAUUCCUAGGCCUUGGGCUCUGGAUGGACAAGCAGCCCUUUGGAAGCUCCUGGCUAGGAUGGGGGUGAAGGAGCCUGCUCUGGCCAUCACGGCCCCUGCUGAGUGGGAAGGCAGGCAGAGGGCUGGAGGUGUCCUUCGGCUUCCUCUUCCUGGCAGCAGCUCUGCACCCAGUAGAGCAGAACACUCGCCUUUGGAGAAGAGUGGUUGCCUGGGGCCUUUGCCACUACUUGUCCCCUAGAUCUCUCUUCACAUUUUGCCACUGUUAGUGCUGGGACAUUGUUCUUUAUGGCCAAGGCAUCACCAUCCUGCCCCUGGCAGGGACACAGGCAAAGAGGACCCCAGGCUGGACAUGGAGCAAGCUGCUCUACGCAGCUGUCUGACUGCCAAGCCAGAUUCUCUUGAAUAAAAUAUUCUAGUCUGAAAA